AUGGGUGGAUUGAAGUGCUCGCCAGAAGCAUUGAAAAUGUGGAAUGACCCUACCCAACGAAAGGAGCUGCAAAAGCUCUUCUUAGAGCACGGGACCUUUGAGGCGAUGGAAGUUGCUUUGAAGAAGCGGAACAUCCGGGAAAACUCGGAAAGUUCGACUGGGGGAUGGUAUACGAAGAACAAAUUAGAGGUGUCUGAGUGCUACACUAAGAAUAUGAUCGCGAAGGCAUGGGCCUGGGCAAAGGCUCAAGGACAGUGGCGGGUUAACCCCGUGCAUGGAGAGGAGGAGAUCAAGAUCGUUGCAGCGGAAACGUUCAACAUGAGCAAUCGCCAGAUUGAGGAAAUGGAGCAGAGUGGGACUGUAUCCGUUGAGGACCCUGAUGGAUCACUCUUCAUCUCCGAUCUUCCCAGCUUUGGUGCCGUGCCUGGCACUGCGUCAGGGUCGGGCGGCAGUCCCGAAGCCUCAGGGAACGGCUCAGCGUCGACUCAGCUUGGGAACAUGUCCAAUGUGAUGAGCUUCAAGUUAAGUUUCCCAACCAUCACGAGCUCCACAAGCCCUCUCCAAAUCCUUCCAAACUUCGUCGAAGUUUUGGGCCGCAAGAUCGAUAAAAUCAUGGUUGAGAAGGACCCGCGAUCAAUGGAUUAA